ACAUCGAAAGCAAGUGUCAAAAAAGUGAUAUCGCCGUGUGCGGACGGCUGUUUAUUAAUGUUUAAUAAAAUUAUGAAAAUAAACUAAACAUUUCCAAUCAUACAUCUGUUACAUUAAAAUUCUCAUUAUAAAGCCUUGAAAUGGUGUGAAUAGUGUUUUGUAUCUGUGAAGGGGAACGAGAUAAACGUGCAAAAUGGCAAAGGAGAUGAUGAUAGUGUUUGUCUAUGACACUCUGUGCUGCACUUCAGAGGAGGAUGACCCUAUUGAUGCAGUGCUGUACUUCCAUCCUGGAUGGGUGUCUGAUACCCAGAGGCAUGCACUAGCAGGACAGGUCGUGGGCGCCGCACACUGCGUCAAGACGCUGUUCUCCCAGCCUAUCGCCAUCACCCUGCAGAGCGGUAAAUUCAUCAUCAGGGAAUAUGGGAGGUACAUAUUGGCAAUUGGCAGUGACAGAAACAUCCCAGACUGGGUGCUCAAAAACCGUGCGAAUCUGCUUACCUCCAUGAUCAAAGUGUACCACGGAGACCUGCAAGUCCUGGCUGAACAGAUGGAAGACCAGCGCCGACUGUCGGAGAAGCUGUACCAGGUGUUUGAGACGUAUCUACCGGUGCUGCAGUAUGGCUGUCAUAUAUUUCAAAGGGUGCCUAUGUUGACUUUGCCGAAGAGUGCGACAUCGGUUUACAUGGAAUCCAUGCAAAUACUGGAACACUGUAGGAAGAGCAGCGGCGUCUUAGGCGGCGUCGUACUGUACAAUAAUAAAAUAAUCGCCACACAGCUGCCUCCCGGGCUCACCUCCUACCUGACAGUGGUGGACCCGUACAGAAUAAAGUCUCCCGCCGAGACCCUCGACACUGAGACUCCGCUGCCACUCGGUGCUCAACUCCUCGUCGUGUACGUCGGGAAGAAACUCUACGAUAACCUGAAGAAACAGGUCGAUAAGAUACAGGAGUUCCAUCAGAAUGGAGAGGAGAUGAUCGCUAAGUUUAAGAAGAGUCAAGAAGUCGAACGCGAAAAACAACGCGAUUUUCCCCAAUCCGGCAUGAAGAGAGACAAGUCGCUACUCUUUACCGCCGUCCCUGAAGAAGACCACACCAUGAUAUCUCCACCCAGCCGGGAAGAGCGCAACCCUGACGAGGAGAGGAAGCCCCCCUCCAUGCCAGAUGUUGUCCCGUUCACUAACAAACCAAGACAAAGACCAACGAAACUGUCACUAAGCUUCAAAACACAAAAAUCAUUGGACGAAGAUAUCCAAGAAAAUGAUAAAGUGUUCACAGGACAAACUAGUGUGUGCUCCACCCCCAUGGUCGAGUACAAACGACUCCACGGCAACAUGCUCUCCAUCUGCCAAAUACCUGAAAGCCAGCAAGAUAACAUCAACACGGAAUUAGAACCCGACGUCUUAAAAAAUAUAGAAAAUUGCAAUAAAAUUAAUUUGGAAAACGAAAAACGGGAUAACAAAAUGGUUCUAGACAUCAACUGCAUCGCCGACCACUACAUCAACAAACCAGAUCCAAUCAGAAAGCUGGCCAGUGUCACAGACCUACAAGAGACUAUAAAGAAAUUGUCAAAUCGUGCGACUUCCAAGUUUAAGUUGAAACGAUCGAAAGUGUCACUAAAUGACGAUACUCCGUCCCCUGAACAUACUCCUAAGAACCCCGGCACUAUGACCAUAAACGACCCAUUGUUCCCAGUCUUUAGGAACGAUGGUGUUGCCAUAUCAGAAUCCCUAUUCAACCAAUAUUUGGAACAGCACUAUUCGAAAAUGAAACAAGAUUCUACCGACAAUAUGUUCACCUUUAAUAUGAAAUUAUGUGAACAAGAAAAGUUUGAAGACUUUGAUUCGGAAUUAAAUAGAUCUCCACAGAGGACUCCUAAGAAGAUAGCAAAAGAUUCCACGAAGACAUUACCGACGGACCAGUCGAGGAGGAAAUCUUUAUCGUUGCCUUUGAAAUCUUUGAAUGAAAGUACAGAUUCUCAGAUAGGGUCAGAAUCAGAGGCGACUAGUUUCAAAAAGAAGUUGACUGGUGUGCAGCUGACGCCUUUGAUGGAGAAGCUGAGUCAUUUAGCGUUUUCUGACAAGUCGAGUGGGUACAGUAGUAGGGUUAUGACGCCGCUUGAGUUGAGGGAGUUCCUGACGCCGGCAGCUGACAGGCAGAUCACAUUUACUGAUAGGCCAAAAACUCAGCGCCAGGACUCGGAGAGUGACGAUGACUCCGACAAUGACUUGGAGCUGCUGCCCGAGUACAGCAAGCAUGCCGUCAAGUGCGCGCUGUUUGUGAGCGGACUACACAACAUGGCGCUACUCGCGUUACUCGACACCGACGCUGCCAAUAAUGUGGAAACUAUUAAUACUCUGUGGGAAACAUCGCUAAACGCUCUAGGCCCAAUAGAACAGAAAUGUAUCGAGCCUCUAGCAGCCGUGGGUGACGCGACCGACUACAGCUACUUGACGUUAGACCCCGACUGGGGCACCGUGCGCAAAGGCGGGCCCUGGGCCGCGCUCGACAUAGCCACCAUGGGGCUCAUACAUAACGAAUUCGCAGAAGAUCCUGAGAUGUCAGAGUUUAUAUUGAGGAGUGACGAGAGCGUAGUAGUGGGGUCUGUAUGCGGCGGAGCGCAGGUGUACUACCAAGAGAAGGGGCCCCGUGGUGCCGGGCCACCGCCGCCGUCUGAUGUACUGGCGGCCGCGCCACUGCGCGCGAGGCGUCGUCUACACCGUGAUCACGCCACGCUACUCCUGUAAUCCUAGCACGCUGACUUGUAGACACAGGUAUUACCAUUCUAUGACUGUUCUAGUGACGUUAUCGCACUUACGACGUGAGGUGCGUCAAAGAGAAAUCGCAACCGAAAUUAAAAUGUUACCAGAAAAGGAUCGAUGUAUAAGCCGUUGAAAUGUUGUUGUGUUAAGAUUUGUACUGUUUAGAAAAUACUUCUGUGGGCAUGGUAUUUGUCAAUUUAUCAGCAGUGAUGCAUGGAUAGAUUUGUAACGAAUUCAGUCUAGCCGAACAUUGAAAGAGAUUAUUGUUAUGUAGGUAUACUAAUGGAAAGGGCGUUAAUUUCGACGAUAGUAGAGAUAGAUAGUUUUAUCAUGACUUACAUCUACACUUGAAGUACAUAACAGUAUAGAUACUUCGACAAAAUGGUGUCAUUAUACCUUCCUAUUUAAUUGAAUACUUUGGAAAAUGGAUAUCUCGUCCAUAAUUUUGUUCUACCUGCAACAACUUAUAGGUAUUUGUAGCCAAUUUGAGACUUAAUCACAUCUAUUUCAUAGUUUCUAGUACCAAUCUUGUUAAGAUGCAACUUAGUACCUACAUAAUUCCAAAUAUUCUAUGUAACCAAUACCAAAUAGCUAAUGAAGCUCCACAGACCCUAUUCCGUUAUAUUUUUUACUGUAAGUAGAGAAAUAAUUAGGUAGCUAUUGUAUUUCCUGUAGAACUUUAUUAUUUCCACAACCAGCAUAGUUUACACAUCCAGUAGAUCCCAAAUAAUUAAUAGCGUUGUUUUUAUUGUGGGUAUUUAAUCGAAAUUUAAAAUAUGACAAAUUCAAAAUGCGCCUGAACGUACUCAAUGUACUUAUUAUAAUAUCGAUUAUGGAAACACGGUUUUAAGAAUUUUCUACCAAGCAUAUGGCAUUUUUCUACCAUUUAAAAUGUUGCCCACUUUAAAAAGCUUGUAAAUACUGCCAAAUUGUUGUUAAUUAUAAGGAAAAUAAAAUUAGGUGAAGUUUUUUAUGAAUGUCAAUGGUGUCUGUAUGAGAAAAUUAGGUAUUAUGUUUUUAUACAAGAAUUUUUUGCUUUUCAUAAGCUAUGUUCAGCAGCUUUACGCCUGCUGUACUACACCAAUAUGAUAUUAUACACACAAUACCUGUGCCAUAAGAGAUGCUGAAAUUGACUCGUUUUAUAUUUUGUUAUAUAUUUUUAUAUGACUACACAAAGUAGUAUUUUAUUUGACAUCGUAGUAUCGACGUCUUCUAUUAUUAACCGGUAAAAUCUUAUUCAUUUUAAUUUCCGUAGAAGUCUGUAGGUGUAGUAAGGGAUGUAAUGAAACUUCACAAACAUUUUGGCUUAGUUUAUUUACCAAAUACGUAGUUAUUCGAUGGAACAUCAGUUAGUGGGUUACGACGGGUUAAAAAACCACUAGGGUUGUGUAGGUCCAGCAUUAAUAUUUAGUACAUACCUGCCCUAUAUAGAUAUUCCUUGCAGUAAUGUAGUGACUGCAUCGUAGACUAAUUGUUUCGAGCUCAUUCUAUUCUUGCCACUAGAAAAUAAGUUAUUCGGCCAAUUCUAGAUUAGUAUUGCUACAGAGAAUGGUAUUGCCAAAUUUUAUAUUUAUUUUCUUAGACAGCUGAAAGUCUCUAGUCCUUCCAGAAUUUAUCUUGUAGUAUCUUCGCUAAAAGCUGUUCUUUGCUACGAACUGGGAACAUAGGGUAGUUAAAUUUAUGCGAUAAUGGAUUGUAGGUAUUGAGGCGUACAAUUAUGUUGAUAAAAUACUUUGACAUAACAUUCCAAUGCAUAACAAAAUGACGAUAACUAUGGUUCAUUAUCUUAUAACGAUAAAGUGGCAGUUUUAUUUUUUAUAUUUAUAGUGUCAAACUUUAUAGUAUUUUCCGCCUUAGAUGUAAGUAUAUAUUGUUGUAAUGUUGCUUGCCAAGUACCUAAAGUGUACUUUUAUUCAGCAGUAUUAUAUGUGCAAGCAUUCCAGAUGUUUGAAGUAGUUGUUGGAUUUGAAGUCGUACAACCACUGUAUAAAUUACUUCUGGAAUGUUCUUGUAUCUCUUCCUCAAGCCAUUUUCAGAUAUUUUAUUGUAUAUUUGACAACGCCGUGCUAAGCUAUCAAGCUUAGGCAGACCAUAAACAGGUGCUAUUUGUGCCAAAUGUGGCAUCGCAUGACAGGCUUACAAGGGUGCAUUUAAACGACAAAAGACAUCUUGUUUGUUAAUUAAAUAAGGCAGACUUCAAAUCAAACAUUCAAAUCAUAUCACAUUCCACGUCCCGUAGCUUUAAGUGACACAAUUCCGCCAGAAAUGAAAUCGCGUCCAAUGCAAUCAAUGCUAAACAAAACGAUCAUAUGUUGCCGUGUAUUGUUUUUAAUGUUAUUUGUAUAUUUUAAGAGUAUUUAAGUUUAUCAGCGGUUAGCCUAGUCGCCAUGGUGAGUGCCAACACGACACGAUUAUGUGGUAUAUUUAUAAUAAUAAUAAUUAUACAUAAAUAUUGUUAAGAAUUUUAAUAAAAAUCUGAUAGAGAGAA